AUGAACAUGGCGGCGCUCCACAGCGAGUUUGGGGAUCUGGUGCAAAUAAAAAAACAGCUACUUUCUGUUACGUGGCUAUGCAAAGAAAGAGGACUUCUACAUAGCGCCAAGUGGGCUUCUGAGUUGGCCUUUGCUUUGGAUCCUCUUCCCAAAGAUGCCUUGCCACUCCCGAACCCUUUUUCAGAGGAUGAUAUACAAGACCUUGAUGCACUCACGCUGGCUAAAUCCUACUUCGAUUUGAAAGAGUAUGACCGUGCUGCCUACUUUUUGAAGGGCUGCACCAGUCAGAAGGCUUAUUUCCUCUACAUGUAUUCGCGUUAUCUGUCUGGAGAGAAAAAGAAGGAUGAUGAAACAGUUGACAGCCUGGGUCCUUUGGAGAAGGGCCAAGUGCGCAACGAAGCUUUGCGAGAAUUGAGGGUGGAGCUGAGUAAAAAGCACAAUGCAGGAGAGCUGGAUGGUUUUGCCUUAUACCUGUAUGGAGUGGUGCUUCGAAAGCUGGAUCUACUAAAGGAGGCAGUGGAAGUUUUUGUCGAGGCUAUUCAAGCACUUCCUCUUCACUGGGGGGCAUGGCUGGAGCUGAGCAACCUCGUCACCAACAUCGAAAUGUUGAAGUCCCUGUCUUUGACCGACAGCUGGAUGAAGGACUUCUUCCUGGCCCACAUGUACACAGAACUUCAAAUGAUCAAGGAGGCGCUGCAGAAGUACCAGAACCUCAUGGACGCUGGUUUCACCAAGAGCACUUACAUCAUCUCGCAGAUGGCCGUGGCCUACCACAAUAUCCGAGAUAUUGACCAGGCAGUGGCUCUGUUCAACAAGUUGAGGAUAGAAGAUCCUUACAGGAUUGACAACAUGGACACCUUUUCCAACCUGCUUUAUGUCAAAAUUAUGAAACCAGAGUUGAGUUACUUGGCUCACACGUUGGUGGAGAUCGACAAAUACAGAGUGGAGACAUGCUGUGUUAUUGGUAACUACUACAGCUUGCGCUCACAGCACGAAAAAGCGGCCUUGUAUUUUCAACGGGCCCUCAAACUAAAUCCUCGCUGCCUAAGCGCCUGGACUCUCAUGGGCCACGAGUACAUGGAGUUAAAGAACACGUCAGCAGCCAUCCAAGCUUACAGACACGCCAUUGAAGUGAACAAGCGGGACUAUCGGGCCUGGUACGGCUUAGGUCAGACUUAUGAAAUUCUCAAGAUGCCCUUCUAUUGUCUUUACUAUUAUCGAAAGGCUCACCAACUCAGGCCCAAUGACUCACGCAUGUUGGUUGCACUGGGUGAAAGCUAUGAAAAGCUAUCCCAGACAGCUGAAGCAAAAAAGUGUUACUGGAGGGCAUACUCGGUUGGAGAUGUAGAGAAAAUGGCUUUACUUAAACUGGCAAAGCUUCAUGAACAGCUGAACGAACAUGACGACGCAGCCCAGAGUUACAUGCUUUACACAGAAGACGUCUUCUCCUGUAGAGAACAGUUAGAACACACUGAAGUGAGCACAGCACUCAAAUACCUCGGUCAGUACUAUUUCAAGAACAAACUAUACGACGAGGCGUCACUCUGUGCCCAGCGUUGUUGCGACUACAAUGACGCACGAGAAGAAGGGAAAGCUCUACUGCGGCAAAUCUCUCAGGUGAGAGAUCAGGCAGAGACGCCGUCAUGCGAUCUUUUUGCACCACUCUCCAACAACAAUAACACGACUCCUGUGAGGAGAGUGUCACCACUUAAUCUCAUCUCCUUUACACCCUGA